AUGCAAUACAAAUCCACCACCGUUUUGGCCGCCGCUGCGGCUCUAGCCUCCUCUGCCUCUGCCGCCGUUACCGGCUCUGAGCCAUGGAGCACCUUGACUCCUACUGCCACUUACUCCGGUGCCCUCACCGCGUACUCUGAGACUUUUGGUAUUGCCGUGGUGCCAAUCACCUCUUCUGUGUCCACUUUGAGCGCUGCCACCGCUUCCGACCACGCUAAGAGAGACGUUAUUUCGCAGAUCGGUGACGGUCAGAUCCAGGCUACUACUGCCACUUCUACUCCAAAAUCUUCGGCUGCCGCUAUCUCACAAAUUGGUGACGGUCAAAUUCAGGCUACCACUGCCACCACUUCUCCAAAGUCCUCUGCCGCUGCUAUCUCCCAGAUCGGUGACGGUCAAAUCCAGGCUACCACCUCUACCGCUGCUCCAAAGUCCACCGCUGCAGCCAUCUCGCAAAUCGGUGAUGGUCAAAUCCAGGCUACCACUGCCACCACUACUCCAAAGUCCUCUGCCGCUGCCAUUUCUCAAAUUGGUGAUGGUCAAAUUCAGGCCACUACCACCACUUUGAAGCCUUCUGCCCCAGCCAUCUCCCAGAUCGGUGACGGUCAGAUCCAGGCUACUUCUGCCAACGCCACUACUUUGAGCGGUGCUUCUCAGAUCCAUGACGGUCAAGUCCAGGCCUCUUCCACUUCUGCCUCGAUUUCUCCAGCUUCCACUUCUGACGCUUCUUCCUUCGUGUCUGCCGUUUCUUGCAAGGCUGAAGGCUCUCUAUCCAUGACUUUGGACAACGGUAUGCUAAAGGACUCCAAGGGAAGAAUCGGUUCCAUCGUUGCCAACAGACAAUUCCAAUUUGACGGUCCUCCUCCACAAGCUGGUGCCAUCUACGCCGCUGGUUGGGCUAUUACCCCACAAGGUAACUUAGCCAUCGGUGAACACGAUGUUUUCUACCAAUGUCUAUCGGGUAGCUUCUACAACUUGUACGACGAGUCCAUUGGUUCUCAAUGUGCUCCAGUCCACUUGGAAGUUAUCGAGCUAAUCGACUGUUAA